UCUCACUCAUUCACUCUGCUUUUAAGAGCUUAAUCCAUGGCCGCAAUCAACCCCUCUAUUCUUCCAGGCUCCUCUUUCUGCGCUUUAUUUUCUCGUGCCCCCAAGAAUGCCCCUCAUCUUUCUUUGUAUUCCCAUCUCAGACACUCCACCUCCUUUCCUUCUCUAUCCUCGAAGCUCGACAAGUCUGGCAGAAAAUUCCCUUCCUCCACCGUUGUCUCUGCUCUUAAGAAACUUUCAGAGACGGAGCUUUUCGUCAUUCCUGAUGAAACAGUACAACUCGCCACACAAAUCCCUUCAGAUUCUGGCGUAUACGCCGUCUACGAUAAGAACAACGAUCUUCAAUUCAUCGGUAUCUCGCGAAGCAUCGGAGCCAGUAUUCUCUUCCACCGGAAAUCAGUCCCCGAUCUCUUCCAAUCCGUCAAGGUGGGAGUGGUGGAUGAGCCUGAGCGAACGGCCCUAACGCAAGCGUGGAAAUCAUGGAUGGAGGAGCACAUUGGAGCCACCGGAAAGGUCCCACCGGGAAACGAAUCGGGAAACACCACGUGGUUCCGGCAGUCGCCGCAGAAGAAGAAGAAACCGGAUCUCCGGUUGACGCCGGGCAGGCACGUGCAGCUGACGGUGCCAUUGGAGGAGCUAAUUGAUAGGCUAGUGAAGGAGAACAAGGUGGUGGCCUUCAUCAAGGGAUCGAGAAGUGCUCCGCUGUGUGGGUUCUCAGAAAGGGUGGUGGGGAUAUUGGAGAACGAAGGGAUGGAGUUCGAGAGCGUGGACGUGCUGGACGAAGAGUAUAACUUUGGGUUGAGGGAGACUCUGAAGAGUUACAGCAAUUGGCCUACAUUCCCUCAGGUGUUUGUGAAUGGGGAAUUGGUUGGUGGGUGUGAUAUCUUAUCGUCCAUGCACGAGAAGGGCGAGCUUGCGUAUUUGUUCAACAAGAGUAAUUAGUGCUUCUGGAUUUUUGU